UUUCUGUUGACAAACUGGGUGUGUUGAAUUUUGACUGGGCUCACUAUAUAAAAUAUUUCCUGUAAUCUGCAGAUUUACUCAUCAUGAUGAAGCUGAUCCUGUCUCUCACUCUCAUCUGGACACUCUCCAGCACAGCUGAAGCUGUUAGGUGUUGGACUGGUAAAGGGACUGACACAAAGCAACAGACCUUACGUUCAUGUAACUCUACUGAGUUGUGUGCAACUGUUGUCUAUCAAGAAAAUGAGAUUAGGAACGUCACUAAGGACACCACCAGGUUGUGUUUGCCAUCCUCCCUUUUCAGUGAAGGAAAGCACACAUUUUCAUUCAAUGUUGGUUUUGAUGCUAUAUCUGCAACUGUUCAUGUGUGCAACACAGAUGGCUGCAACAAUCAAGACAUUUCUUACCCUGGUGUUCAGAAGAAAAACAACCUGCAGUGUUUCACCUGUGAUGAUCAAUCUUCUUCUGUGUGUAACAAGACAUUACAGUGUGUGGGAGCGCAGGACCGCUGCUUUAGUCGGACUGUGGUAGAUAGUGAAGACAGGGGCGCAGUAUUUCAUUCCUUUGGAUGUAUCUCUGCAAACCUCUGUAAAGUUGCUUCUCACUUGGAACUCCUGCCUGUUCCUAUUCCUGUUAAAUUCAGUGUUGCACCAAAAUGUUGUGGAGGCAACUUCUGUAACUCAGCCUGGUCUGUCAAACUGAAUGUGAUCCCUUUGCUGUUUGGACUCAUUACUCUUAUCAUCUAUUAGAACAAAGAGAAACUAACAAAAUAGUAAAAGUAGUUGUGUAACGUGUGUGAAUAAGCCAAAUACAUCUAUCAUCUUCUCAUUCAUUUACACAGUGAGAUUCCUUUAACAUUUUGAAUGUUUCAGCUUGCUAAGUAAUUAUUUUAAUCAUAACAGCAGCAUCCCAUCCCACAUAAUGACUGGGCAACCAACGAAUUUUGAACUUUAAAGUAUUUUGACUGGAAUUUUGCUGUAUUUGGAUUCAUAUGGACUACAUUUUUGCACAAAUCACCUCAAACACAAUCUCUGUUGUACAUUUUUAUUUCAUUUUUAAAUUCUUGAAACACUUGUGAAAACUAAGGAUGCAAUACCGGGAAAAGAAAAAUAAAGAACUGUGGAUGAAAUUGUGAUUUUAAGCAACAAGUGAUCUUCAACUUAGCUUGUGCCUUUAUGCAACAAUAGGUGUGUGUGUGUAUGUGUUAAUUUCCUUUAAGUAAGUCGUGUUGUGUAACUUGUUUUCUAAGAGGAGAGGUGGAAAUGAACUUAUCUAUACUGUGCAUGUGGGAAGCCAAAUAAAGA